GUUUUCACGUAAGUCAAGCCCUUCGCCAACAUUCCAUCCGCGGCCGGCCGUGCCAUCCCACCCCCGUGCCCGUUUGAGGCUCCGCCGGCCUCUGACAGUCCAGGGCUGGGCGGUGGUCGAGUGUUUCUUCAGGCUCCACAUCAGCACCGGCCGGUGACGCUUGACUAGCACGCUGUAGUCUCCCAAGCACAGUACCAUAGGGCUGAGGUGUGCCUAUAUAUACUCGACUGCUGCUCAGCUCCACUUCCGCAAUUGAUUCUUUACUGAUCGAUCCAGUACACAAACACCCACCAUGGCCAUCACCAAGAUCCACGCACGCUCUGUCUACGACUCUCGCGGUAACCCCACCGUCGAGGUCGACAUCGUCACCGAGACUGGCCUUCACCGCGCCAUCGUCCCCUCCGGCGCCUCCACCGGCUCCCACGAGGCGUGCGAGCUCCGCGAUGGUGACAAGAGCAAGUGGGGCGGCAAGGGCGUGACCAAGGCCGUCGCCAACGUCAACGACAAGAUCGCCCCUGCUCUGAUCAAGGAGAACAUCGACGUCAAGGACCAGUCCGCUGUCGACGCUUUCCUCAACAAGCUCGAUGGAACCAAGAACAAGACUGAGCUUGGUGCCAACGCCAUUCUCGGUGUCUCCAUGGCCAUUGCCAAGGCUGCUGCCGCUGAGAAGGGCGUCCCGCUCUACGCUCACAUCUCCGACUUGGCCGGCACCAAGAAGCCCUACGUCCUGCCCGUUCCCUUCAUGAACGUCCUCAACGGUGGCUCCCACGCCGGUGGCCGCAUGGCUUUCCAGGAGUUCAUGAUUGUUCCCUCUGAGGCCCCCACUUUCACCGAGGCCAUGCGCCAGGGUGCCGAAGUCUACCAGAAGCUCAAGACCCUCGCCAAGAAGAAGUACGGCCAGUCCGCCGGCAACGUUGGCGACGAGGGUGGUGUUGCUCCCGAUAUUCAGACCCCCGAGGAGGCUCUUGACCUCAUCACUGAGGCCAUCGAGGCUGCUGGUUACACCGGCCAGAUCAAGAUCGCCAUGGACGUUGCCUCCAGCGAGUUCUACAAGGCCGACGAGAAGAAGUACGACCUUGACUUCAAGAACCCCGAGAGCGACAAGAGCAAGUGGCUCAGCUACGAGCAGCUUGCUGAACUCUACAAGUCCUUGUCCCAGAAGUACCCCAUCGUCUCCAUCGAGGACCCCUUCGCUGAGGACGACUGGGAGGCCUGGUCCUACUUCUUCAAGACCUCCGACUUCCAGAUUGUCGGUGAUGACCUGACAGUCACCAACCCCGAGUUCAUCAAGAAGGCUAUUGAGCAGAAGUCUUGCAACGCUCUCCUCCUGAAGGUCAACCAGAUCGGUACCAUCACUGAGGCUAUCCAAGCCGCCAAGGACGCUUUCGGUGCUGACUGGGGUGUCAUGGUUUCUCACCGCUCUGGUGAGACUGAGGAUGUCACCAUCGCUGACAUCGUCGUCGGUCUCCGUGCUGGACAGAUCAAGACCGGUGCUCCUGCCCGAUCUGAGCGUCUCGCCAAGCUCAACCAGAUCCUCCGCAUUGAGGAGGAGCUCGGUGACAACGCCAUCUACGCUGGCUCCAAGUUCAGGACCGCUGUCAACAUGUAAGAUGUUGCUUGCGAGAAGGAAAAUUCACGAAAAGCACCGCGAAGUGCAAUGAUUAUGAUAUAGCGACGAUUUCUGUACACGAGAUGCAAUAAAUGCAAUCCAAUACCCAAUGCAUCAUGAAAGCCUGCUGCCGACCUGCAUCUUUUGGAAAUUAGCUGACAAAGUUCCGCAGUCUGAUAAACCUCUCCCUCGUGUCUACAAUGUUCAUGCUCGAGGUUGAUUAGUUUCCUUGCGGGCAAGGCUUACCAUGUUUCCGUAUGUAGCUUGGACUAACAUCCAGGUACAUGAGUUCCGGGACUACCCAUCUCACAAACGAUCGUUCCCGGCCACCACGACUCUCCGCGAACUUCCGCAAAUCAGCCACAAUCCUGCAGCAUCGC